GCAGUUCUAAGUGACCCUGGUCCCCUCCAGCACACUAACUCUCUCUCCCCCUCCAGUCUGCAGGAUGACCUCCAGGAAGAAAGUGCUGCUCAAGGUCAUCAUCCUGGGGGACUCCGGAGUUGGGAAGACCUCACUCAUGAACCAGUACGUGAACAAGAAGUUCAGCAACCAGUACAAAGCCACCAUCGGGGCCGACUUCCUGACCAAGGAGGUGAUGGUGGACGACAGACUAGUGACGAUGCAGAUCUGGGACACAGCCGGGCAGGAGCGCUUCCAGUCUCUUGGCGUGGCCUUCUACAGAGGCGCCGACUGCUGUGUGCUGGUGUUCGACGUGACCGCGCCCAACACCUUCAAGACCCUCGACAGCUGGAGGGACGAGUUUCUCAUCCAGGCCAGUCCCCGGGACCCUGAAAACUUCCCCUUUGUCGUGUUGGGGAACAAGAUCGACCUUGAGAACAGACAAGUGGCCACGAAACGGGCGCAGGCCUGGUGCUACAGCAAGAACAACAUCCCCUACUUCGAGACAAGCGCUAAGGAGGCCAUCAACGUGGAACAGGCCUUCCAGACCAUCGCCCGGAACGCGCUGAAGCAGGAGACGGAGGUGGAGCUGUACAACGAAUUCCCCGAGCCUAUCAAGCUGGACAAGAACGACCGGGCCAAGGCCUCAGCAGAGAGCUGCAGUUGCUGAAGGGCUGCAGGGCGAGCACAGGCCUCCACAGACGGAGCACACGAGGCCUUGCACCCUCCAAACCGCAAAAACUGGUCUCACGUCCAGCUGCCAGAAGCCCCACCGGUUACGCCCCACCUCUCUCUCUCUCACGCGCGAGCGCGCCCACACACACACACACACACACACACACACACACACCCCUUACACGAGCAGAUUCCAGCCCAGGCCUGCCACAGCGCCUGGGCAUCUGCCCACCCCUGCAUGGGCCUGUGUGGCCGCAGGCGGGCCGGCUGUAGAAAUCAGUCUGACGUGGAAUCAGCAUCGGAAGCUUAUUUUUUGUCCACUGGAGAGAGAGAACUGUUUACAGUUAAUCUGUGUCUAAUUAGUUACCUGAUUUUUUUAACGGUCUUGUGGUCUUUCUGCCCUGCCCCUGCUCCUUGAAGGCUCCCCGUGGGAAGGCUGGUGCCCAUGCUCCAUCAGCGCUCACACCCAGUCUGCUCAGGCUGAGUUUUGUACGUAUCUGUUAAUGCUUGUUACUUUUAACUAAUCAGAUCUUUUUACAGUAUCCAUUUAUUAUGUAAUGCUUCUUAGAAAAGAAUCUUAUAGUACAUGUUAAUAUAUGCAACCAAUUAAAAAUGUAUGAAUUAGUGUAAGAAAGUCUCGGAUCACGUGAUUAAGUUUUGUAGUGCAGACGUGUGAGGUUAGGGCGGGUCGCAGUCAGUGCCGAACCUGGAAGCCCAGCUGGCAGUAUUCUGUACAGGGGACACCGAAUCAUGUGCACCUUUACCCAAGACUUCAGAGCCAAAAAGAUUUCCAUCUCCAGGGAACUGUCUCCCUCUGUGUCUGCAUUUUCCAGAAGGUUGGUUUGCGUAAUACAGUGGUGUGUGCGUGUGCACUGGGUAAAGUGGCUAUUACUUUGGGAAUUAAAACUUGCCACCCCUUUUUUCCUGCCCUGCACUUCCGACCCUCCGCUGCUAGGGCAGCUGGUGGCUGGGGGGGUGGGGGGGAACGCUGAGCACAUCUGUCCCGGCGACUCCAACUCCUUGUAGGAGGCGCGCCUUCCAGGGUCAUGGUGGCCUUUGGUUGGCAGACCUUCCCUCGCCCAGUCCCUGAUGUUCACCCGCCCCCGUAACCCGCCCUCUGGAGCCCUGGCACCCCCACACACACCAUCGCCCCCUGGGUAACCCGCCCUCUGGAGCCCUGGCACCCCCCGCCCUGCACCGUAGCUUGCUCGCCAAGCUCUUCUCCUUCCGGAGGUCCACCUUCUCGGUGUGGGGUGAGCUCUUCUGUAAAGAGACAGACGUGAUGCCAAUAAAACGUAACAAAACGAA